UUGGGUCGAAUAUGAAUAUAUGAUACUGAAAGACAUACUGAAGAUUUACCAAAAUUCGAUUCUCUCUUCUCCAAUUCUCUCUCCUUCCCAAUUCUCUCAAACACUUGGGUGAUCCGUUACAAGAUAAAAAUGGACGAUAACAUUCAUAUACGCUUAGUCCUUACAACCAUAGCCACCAUGUUUUUCUUCAUCUUAACCAAUUUGCCACAGUCCCAAUCCCAAGGAGGAGAAAACAAAUACACAAAUUGUAGCAAGCCAUACAACUGUGGAAAUGUGUCCAACAUCUUCUACCCUUUCUGGGGACACCACAGACCCCAAUAUUGUGGCGGUGGCGACCAAUUAGAUUUCAAACUUCAGUGUCAGAAUGAUCAUACCAUCAUUCUAAACGGCUUACAAAAUUUCCAAGUUUUGCAUAUCGACACAACAGCUUACACCGUUAGAAUGAAACAAACGGUCGAUGAUGUUUGUUCUCCGACAUUUAACGACAUUUACUUGGACCUGGACGCAACCGUCUUCACGUAUCCAGCAACUGUGUACAACAUCACCAUUUUCUACAACUGUCCCUCUUCGGUUUUCACUCAUGAAAACAACUUCACGUGUGGAAAUGAGAAUGGUACCUAUCAUGUGGGUGAGAAAGAUGACGUGUUGAAAGAACAUCCAGAGUUUCAGAAUUGCACGCGACAUAUCCAAGUGCCGAUUCAGGUUCCUCUGAAUCUUGAUGGCGAUAGAUUUGAUGCUCUGGAAGGUGCUUUGGAUGGUGGGUUUGAGGUGAACUAUACUAAAGCACACGCUCAAGAAUGCAUACGAUGUUUGGAUAGUGAAGGAGCUUGUGGAGUUAAUUUAACUUCUCAUCGAUUUACCUGUUAUUGCCAAGAUGGAUCCGAUGCUAUUCAUUGCUAUGGUCGAGGUUCUAAUAGUACUCGGUGGAACUUGACAUGGAAAUUACUUAUAGUUUCCAAGCUUCAAGGAAUCAAGACUCCUCCCAAUCACCAAUCUUCAAGAAUGGCGCCAUACUUUGGGAAGGAUUUUCUGUCAACACAAAGCUUCUCCAAGGAAAAUGGUAUUAUUGGUGGAGUGAUAACAGUAUUGUUGAUAUGUAUCGCUACUUUUUGUUUUAGAUGCAAGUCCUCAUCUUGGCAUGGAAAAUUUUGGUUGACCACAAAAGGUAACAAAGAUAUUGAAGCAUUCUUAAAAAAUCAUGGAGCCUUAACUCUAAAAAGAUACAAAUUCUCAGAUGUCAAGAAAAUGACCAACUCCUUCAAAAAUAAACUCGGGCAAGGUGGUUUUGGUGCUGUAUACAAAGGACAACUAUUUAAUGGUUGCCCUGUGGCCGUAAAGAUAUUGAGGUCAUCGAAAGGAAACAAUGAAGACUUCAUCAACGAGGUUGCCAGUAUCAGUAGCACUUCUCAUGUCAAUGUUGUCACCCUUCUUGGAUUUUGUUUUGAAGGCCGCAAGAAAGCUCUCAUCUAUGAAUUUAUGUCCAAUGGUUCCCUUGAAAAGUUUAUUUACAGAAAUGGACAUGAAGCCGUUGCUUCUUUGAACUGGGAGGAUUUGUAUCAAAUUGCCAUGGGGAUUGCUCGAGGGCUGGAGUACUUGCAUAGGGGAUGCAAUACUAGAAUUUUGCAUUUUGACAUAAAACCACAUAAUAUCCUUUUGGAUGAGAAUUUCUGCCCCAAGAUAUCAGAUUUUGGGCUAGCAAAGCUCUGUCCUAGGAAAGAGAGCAUGAUUUCAAUGUCAGAUGCUAGAGGGACAAUUGGGUAUGUAGCUCCAGAAAUGUGGAAUAGACAUUUUGGAGGAGUAUCUCAUAAGUCAGAUGUUUAUAGCUACGGAAUGAUGCUGCUAGAAAUGGUGGGAGGGAGAAGGAACGUUAAUGCUGACGCCAGUCAUACUAGUGAGUUAUACUUCCCACAUUGGGUAUACAACAGGCUUAAGCAAGGCACGGAUUUGAGACCAUAUGAGGUGAUUAAAACAGAAGAAAAUGAGAUAGCAAAAAGAUUGACCAUAGUGGGUUUGUGGUGCACUCAAACGUUUCCAAAUGAUAGACCUACAAUUAGUAGAGUGAUAGAUAUGUUGGAAGGCAGCAUGAAUUCCCUGGAAAUUCCACCAAAACCUUUUCUUUCUUCUCCUACUAGAUCAGUAUCUGAAUCCUCCACUUUUUGAAAUAUCAUUGCAUUUUGGGUAAAUAGUUUAAAUUAUACUGUAAAACGGAUCAUUCAACAUACUUGUUUUGUAGUUUUCAAUCAUCCUGAAAAGCAAGCGUAUCUUAUAUGUGUGUUAAACUGUUAAUAUAUUGAAUGCUAAUGCCAAAGCAGUGGAUGGAGUAAACUCUAUGUUAUGACUCAAAUGAAGGAAGGUUCAGGGUUGAUUGAUAGGAUUUACAGUGAGAAUUAUAUCCCUAUAUAUUGACGGUCUCCCUGUUCUUCCUGAACUACUUCCC